ACAUAAAAAAAAAAAAAACAAAUAUGUGAACCAAAAAAAGGAACAAAAGAAAGAAGGCAGGGAAACAAAGGAGCAGGAGGAGGAAGGCAGAGGCAGCAUCAAAGCCCUCAUGACAAGAAAGCCAUAUGUGGCUUUUGUUGUCUCUCUUCUUUCUUUUCUUAGGCUCAGAGUCGGAGACAUCUCCGUCGGUUUCUUCAGAAGAAUCUAAUAUAAUGGGUCGGAAUACUAGAAAAGGAACGCCCCAACGAGCGGAGAAGAAGGAGAAUAAACCUAAGACGCCGCCGUCCAAGGAGGAGGUAUUGUCCCGCCUCACCAAGCCCAAACCCAAACCAAAGUCCACCAGGCCUGUUGCCACGCCGCCGAAGAAGACAAACAAGUCGAACGAGAAGGAAGUAGAGCAUUCGUUGCCCAUGAAGGAGCUUUCCAAUACCCAAGUAAACAAAAUGCUUGAGCAAGCUGCAUUGGGUCAUUCAGUGAAGUCCACUCCCUUAAGUAAUACGCAAUAUGAUUUUCCGAUUGAUGGCUCACCCUCACGUGGUCAAGCAAAGUCAUCUGCAAUCAUUCGAGCACAGGAAGUCCGAUCAAAACUAGAACCUCUAUUCCCUAGCUUCGUGAAAUCACUCCUCCGAUCUCAUGUAGCUAGUUGUUUUUGGAUGGGACUUCCUUCGCUGUUUUGCAAAUCACACUUACCAGAAAAAGAUAUUACAAUGACUCUGGAAGAUGAAGGUGGAAGACAGUUUCAAUCUAAGUACAUUGCAUGCAAAACCGGACUGAGUGCUGGUUGGAGACAGUUUGCUGCUUCACAUAAAUUGUUGGAGGGAGAUGUUUUGGUCUUCCAAUUAGUUGAACCUGCCAAAUUUAAGGUUUACGUAAUAAGGUCAAAUGAUUUUACUGAAGUUGAUGGGGCUCUUGGGCUUCUAAGUUUGGAUGCUCAAACAAAAUAUAAUGAUGCAGAUAAAGAUAAUGCAGAAACAGGUGCAGUGGCUUGUAAUGAGUCUAACAGGAAACGCACAAAGUCUCCUCCUGAAGUUGUUCAAAAGAAGAAAAAGAUCGACUUGCCAGUUGAACACUCUGAAAUCGAUAGUGAGGAAGUUGAUUCAGAAGUUGUGGAAAGCUCCAGGUUACCUGGGACAACUCUUCAAUUUGAGGACAUCAAAAGUUUUGAGAACUUCAACAUUCUUGUAAAUGGAUUGCUUGUAGAUUCUGAGUUCCCCGAAGAUAUACGAAGGAAGUACUACAAGCUCUGCCGCAGUCAGAAUGCAUUUCUUCAUGAAAAUGUUAUGAAGGGAACAUAUUAUAAAUUGAUUGUAGGAGCUAUAUUUGAAACUGUACAUAUUGUCGACGCCAUUAAAGCUUGCCAGAUUACCACGACUCAAGAUGAUUUUGUGUGUUGGGACAAAUACUUGAGGGCCUUUGAGUUGUUGGGCAUGAAUGUUGGAUUUAUACGUGCGCGGUUAUGCCGGCUUGCAAACCUUGCCUUUGACUCAGAAGAUGCUAUGGAUGCGAAGACAUAUAAAGAAGCUAGAAAAGAACGAGCUCGAGCAGGACUAGGACUAAGAAGUAUCGAGACAAAGAUUCAGGGGUUGAGGGAGGCAUGCCAUGAAUUUAGUAGUGCUAUCGAGAGUCUGAGGUCCAAAGCUGAAGUCUACAAUCAAAGGUUCCAGGAAGAGGUUACUGCUCCUUGGUGAGGCUUCUCUUGUAAACGAUAGCCUCUUUAUGUGUCUCUGUGUAUUUAUUGGUAGUCUCCAUCUCAAUCUGCAACCUAAAAGAUGGUCAUCUGUGCUUUAUAUGUUACUGGUGGAAACUACUAGCUAGUAGUAAGUUUAGCUAAACCUGGCUUUUGGGACCUGGCGCUGUGGAUACAGCAGCAGGGCUGAAAUGCAUAAAAUGACUUGCCUGGAAUUCAAGUCACAAGUGUAACACAAAUUGAUGUCUAGGGUAGUAGUGUAACACUAAUUGAGUUGCUUUCACUAGUGUAACACUAAUCUUCAAGCUUGGGUCUGGGGCCUUCUAGCUUUGGUUUCUUUACUGGAUCCAGGUUGAGGGUGAUGAAGAGUCAAGCUCUUGUAUACCCAUGAGUGUUGGGCUUUAUUUAAACUUUUAGGACUCAACUCUGCUCUCAGGUUUUACAUUUCAAUAUGGAGCUCCAUGUCAAAGCAACUCUUA